AUGCUCAAGGAAACCCCGUUGCUUCUGAAAACCAUUCUAUGGGUCUGCAAGUCAUCUCUUCUAUAUACAAAUAAGUCGUUUGAGAUAUGGUUUCGAAGACAUAUUGCUCAUCGCGUUGUGGUUUUAAUGGACAAAAAUCUCGAGCUUCUUCAGGCCAUACUUGUUUUCUUAGCAUGGAAGGACAUUCAAUUUUACGUGCACGGCCACGAUACAAGUCUCUUCCAACUGGCUAUAGGAAUCGCGGGUGAUCUAGGACUCACAAAUUGUCCAGAUAUUCCAGAGCUUGCAUUUGGAUCUAUAGUUGAAGACACAGCCCGUCUCCGAAAUGACCUUCGUCCUCAAGCACUGCACUCUAGCGCCGAUCGUUGGGCUUUUCUAUCUAAGUUCAGUAUUAUCCGGGUUGAUGGGCAGAAGACAUAA